AUGUUACUCAACAACGUCCUGUGCCGGACUGCUACUGCUGCAUUACGGGUUUCCACGAUCGGGAAACAUUCUUUCUGCCAAAGUACUUGCACUAGUCGGUUACUAAACCAGCGCCCACAGCACCAGAACAAUCUACAGUAUUUAGUCAAAGCAUUUUCAAGCCUUAACGGAAAAAUGGUGAAACAAGGACCACGUCCACUCGUCAUCUGUGGCCCAUCGGGUUCGGGCAAAAGUACGCUGCUGAAAAAGCUGUUCAAGGAAUUCCCGGAUACGUUCGGAUUCAGUGUGUCUCAUACCACUCGCAAACCACGUCCAGGAGAGGAAAAUGGUAUCCAUUAUCAUUUCGUCUCGGUCGAAGAGAUGCAGUCCGCCAUUGAGAAGGGUGAAUUCAUUGAAACGGCUGUAUUUAGCGGGAAUAUGUAUGGUACCAGCAAAAAGGCAGUGGAAAACGUUCAGCAUCAAGGGAAGGUGUGUGUGUUGGACAUUGAAAUUGAGGGUGUGAAACAGAUUCGUAACUCGGAUCGAUUGAACCCGCUGCUGGUGUUUGUAAAUCCACCAUCGAUCGAGGAACUGGAACGCAGAUUGCGUGGACGUCAAACAGAAACGGAGGAAAGCUUACAGAAGCGUUUAAACACGGCAAGGAAAGAAAUAGAAUAUGGCACGGAACCGGGAAACUUCGAUGUGGUUGUGCAGAACAACAAUCUCAAGCAGGCGUAUGAGGAUCUGCGCAACUUUAUCGUACGGGAGCUAGAAACGCAACAAGGCCAAGAUGUAUUCCUUGUCACGUCACUGGUUAGCAAUUACAAAUCGCUUGAAGUUUAA